GCCCCCUAGUGGCCAGCAGCGGUAAUGCUUCCUCCUACUUCCUCCCCAUACAUACAGAGCAGCCUGUGUGUGCUGACUCUGCCUUCUCUCUUUCUGCUGCUUUCAACUUCCACGCUUCUCUCCUUUCCCACCAAUGAAGCCUCAGAGAACAGAAGAGGACCUGAAGCUAUGACAGAGGGUGUGUCCUCGUCCUGAAAGCCUGAAUUCGCGUAUAACCCUUCCAGCCUGAGAGAGAAGCACAGACCAGGGAGGGACCCAGCUUAGCAAAUGGAGAUCUGAAAGAGGGGGAGGGAAAAGCAGUCACCAAGAGAGGGAGGGAGACAGUCAAGAAGAGACAGAUCACCAGCAAAGAGGGAGAGCAGGAGCUGUCUCCUUGCACUGGACCCCACUCCAGGUCCAGCAUCUGCUAAUCAGGUAGCUACGGAACUGGUUUCCUAACACGCUUCUCCAUUCACCAGGUGACAGGCGCAGGCCGCAUUGAUUGGAGGUUCCGGGCUGUCCCCCUGCACUGUUACCUGGGGCCGCUGCUGAGACAGGUGCCAAAAAUGCAGACGUUCCUGAAAGGGAAGCGGGUCGGGUAUUGGCUGAGUGAAAAAAAGAUCAAGAAAUUGAACUUCCAGGCCUUUGCUGAAUUGUGCAGGAAAAGAGGAAUAGAAGUCGUACAGCUUAACCUGGCCAAACCCAUUGAGGACCAAGGGCCCCUAGACGUCAUUAUUCACAAGUUAACGGACGUCAUAUUAGAAGCUGAUCAAAAUGACAGCGAGUCUGUGCAAGUAGUACAGAGAUUCCAGGAAUAUAUCGAAGCUCAUCCAGAGACAAUCAUUUUGGACCCCUUGCCUGCCAUUCGAACACUAUUGGAUCGCUCCAAAUCUUAUGAGCUUAUCCGAAGGAUUGAGUCCUACACGCAAGAUGAAAGGUUGUGUUCGCCCCCGUUCAUGGAGCUGUCAACAGAAUGUGGAGAGGACACCUUGAAGCUUAUAGAGAAAAAUGGCCUUGCCUUCCCAUUUAUCUGCAAGACGAGAGUGGCCCAUGGCACCAACUCACACGAGAUGGCCAUCAUAUUUAACCAGGAGGGUCUGCGGACGAUACAGCCACCCUGUGUGAUCCAGAGUUUCAUCAGCCAUAAUGCUGUGCUCUACAAAGUCUUUGUAGUUGGAGACUCGUACACAGUCGUGGAGAGACCAUCGCUGAAAAACUUCUCCCCAGGAAGUUCAGAUAGAGAAUCAAUAUUCUUUAAUAGUCACAAUGUGUCGAAGCCAGAAUCUUCUUCAGUCCUAACAGCGCUGGACAAGGUGGAAGGCGUGUUCGAGCGUCCCAGUGAUGAUGUCAUUCGCGCCAUCUCCAAGGCUCUUCGGCAGGCUCUGGGUAUCUCUUUGUUUGGCAUCGACAUUAUAAUAAACAACAAGACAGGACAGCAUGCCGUCAUUGACAUCAAUGCAUUCCCAGGCUACGAGGGAGUACCAGAAUUUUUUGGAGAUCUCUUGAACCACAUUGCAGCCAUACUUCAGCGUCCAGAGUUCAAUGCAAACAAACCUCCUGCGGAGCCCACCGUGGGAGUGCUGGGAGAUCGCCUGUGCUGUACUGCCACUGCUAGAAUAGACCCCUGGAUUGUGGAGAAUGACACCAAUGGAUCAGUGAAACUACCAACCCAAAGACUAGGGUGCAACUCUGCUAUGUCCCCUACCUUCCAGCAGCACUGCGUGGCCUCCUUGGCAACCAAAGCCUCUUCCCAGUAAUCCAUUAAACCAGAAUGACUGUGGAGAAAGGAUGAUUGGGGGGGUUAGAAGAUUUUUGGAGGACUAACCGGAUGGUUAUGUUUUAAUGAUAUCUGAGAUCUCGAACGUGGACAGGUAUAUGGAAUAUCUGCUCAGACGGAUGAAACAAAAGCUGCAGCACUGUUCUCCUUUUUGUAUCUAUAUUAUAUGUACCACUGGCGUUUAAUUGGUCGAGAGAAUGCAGCUGCUUAUUACUAUUGCCUCCUGCACCAAUAUCUUGUGGGGGGAGGUGUAAGAACAUCACUUCACCUCACCAUGGGACGCUCAGCAAGAGCCUCAACUAUUUCCCAGCUGCAAGAGAACCCAUGUUUCUAUAACAAUGACAUGAAAGCGACAAAAGGUACUGCCAUUAGAUGUACAGUGAUAGGAGACUGAAUAGAUCGGGAACCCAGAUUCUUUUUUUUUUUUGUUUCCAAACGUUCUACAAAAAAAAAAAAGGAAUUAUUUUUAAACAAAGAAAUUUUAUUCUCUAAAAGUACUGAUGCUGAAAAUAUAAAUAUAUAUAUAUAUAUAUAGCUAUAUACCCAGGACGACCGCAAAGUCAUUCACUGGUAACGUAAUUGUAGGUUUUUCUAAUUUUUUUUUUUUAAUUUUCUUUUCUUUUGAUCCUAAAGCUCUUUCUAGUACUUUGGCACUUUGCUUUGUUGAAUUAGUUCAGUGAUACAGCUAGAUUUUACAUAAACCUUCAAAUCACUAAUCCUUCCUGCUGUAGGAAGUGUUCUGCAGAGAACGCUUGCCCGCUACCAACGUGGAAAGCAAGCUGGACUCUUAUAAGUGUUUUGUGGCAACACCUGUGCGAACCUUGGUCACGUGCAACCUCUUGUGAUUCACGGAGCUCUUCCAACGCAUUUCACCACAUUGUGUGGAUGGUCUAAAUUUCAUGCAAGUGGAAAAUGAUUUCAGUUUUAUAAAAAAAAGAAAAAGAAAUGUACAGUAUAUACUAUUGGAAUUGUCCUGCUGAUUAAACCAGAUAUACUCCAUUACUUGGCA